AUGGCUUCCCGGGCGGCCAUGCUGCUGGACCCGAGGUCAUACAGAAAGCAAAUGGUUUCUAGUGGCCCCCAGCAGCACGAUAAAACAAAAGCAAGCGCUUCUGCCUCACCAGCGCAUAUAAAAGACCCAAGGGUGGGCAAUACUGUCUUGACUUCACGUUUACAAACUCCCUCUACGAACUCCAACUCCGACACCAUGUCUGCCCGUCUCCCGGACAUCAAACCGGAAGCGAAUUCAGCUCUGAACACCAACAACCAGAUGCAGUUCCAGUUCGUUGGUAGUGAGGAUAUAUCUAGUGAGGAUGAAGGGAGUAUCGACCGAAAGCGGAACCGGGAGAGCAAAGACUUGACCAACGAGCACAAGUCUUUGAUCGAGGACAUCUACAAUGUUGAGCGUCGCGAAGACCAACCCAAAAAGCGCAUCAAGACAUCUGAUGCCGAGGACACAGUGGCUAAGAGCAAGUCACAAUUCAGCAUGUCUGGUAACAGUGGUCUUGGUGAAUACAUGAAAGAAGGAAGACAACCAUCCAAAACCUCCGCUCCAGUUGUGGAUCUUACUAGCGAAGCACCGACUAAGACGACUUCAACCGAUGAUGAAAUCGAAGUUACCGGUUCCGUUGAUUUGAGCGAGCAGAUCGUGUGUUAUGGCAAGAUUCAAAACGCAUUUAUCCAAGCGCAUAAAGUGCCCAAACCGUCUGCAAACAAUUUCUUUGCUGAUUACUCCCGCGACUGGCCUUCGAUCAAAUUGACCACCAGCCAUACACCUGGCCGAUCCAACAGAAUCGAUGUCAGUGAUCCUUUCGGCCAUGUCUUUGGGGCGGUCGAUGCCAGAACAGCCGCCGCUAUUGUUCCUUUACUUGAUACUCCGACCAUGAGCAUUACCAUGACGGCUCGUCUCGAACUACGGAGGAGACAGCCAGACGAAGAGGUCUGGCAGCCCUGCUCCGCCCAGUAUCGCGCCGCCAUCAAUCUGAUCGGACCAAGAAAGUUCGCGGACAUGGUUGGAAAAACUCUUGGUCACGCAAAUGUCUGGUUGGACACCCCUUCCAUGGUGGACAGAGGUAUGCCCGUUUUCAACCCUCAUGCCAAGCUCAGACUUGCGCAGCAAAAUCAUGGACCUAUCGCCGGUUCACGCGUACGAGAUAUGGCAACUUACGAGGUUCGAACUGCGGAAGAGGUCAACGAUGCUGUGAUGAAGAUGUUCGAUCAGCUCAAAAGUGCUGAGAACAUUCCUGAGAUGGAACCAUCUCCUUUGAUUCUCACACCUCUUCUUCGUCACCAAAAGCAAGCUCUAUGGUUCAUGAUGGAAAAAGAGAAAGACCGCAAGUACGGAUCAAAGGAAGAAGACAAUAACUCCUUGUGGCGUGUGGUCUACGCAGCCAAUGGAACCAAACGGUAUCGCGAGAUCAUCAGUGGCGUUACUCUCAACGAAGAGCCUGCCCAGACAUACGGGGGCUUGUUGGCUGAUAUGAUGGGUCUCGGCAAAACUUUGAGUAUCCUGUCCCUUGUCGUUGCAACACUACCACAGUCACAAAUCUGGGAAAAGCAGCCACCGCACCAUUCUCUUGUCCGAGGUAUUCCAGGAAUUCGCAACACGAAGACGACACUGUUGGUGUCGCCACUCAGUGCAGUCCACAAUUGGGUCGCUCAGAUUAAGGAACAUCUACAGGAUGGAGCCAUCUCGUACUAUGUGUUUCACGGCCCUUCUCGCACAAAAGUAGUCGAAGAAUUGUCUCAGUAUGAUCUGAUCAUCACGACUUACAGCACCAUUUCGAGCGAACUACGUGGGCGUGGCACCAAGCCAGUGAAUAGCCCGUUGCUUAAGAUGAACAUGUUCCGAAUAGUCCUGGAUGAGGCUCACGUUAUCCGCGAGCAGUCUGCACAGCAGAGCCAGGCUAUUUUCCGCUUGAAUGGUCAACGUCGCUGGUCUGUGACUGGAACCCCCGUGCAGAAUCGUCUGGAAGACCUCGCAUCAGUAACAAAGUUUCUUCGGUUGUAUCCCUAUGAUGAGAAGGCUAAAUUCCAUGCACACAUCCUUAGUCGAUUCAAGAUAGGUGACUCUACCGUCUUUGCGAGCCUCCGUGUCCUCGUGGAUUCAUUCACUCUCCGCCGUGUGAAGGACAAAAUUGACCUGCCACCUCGGGAAGACAAGAUAAUCAUGUUGGACUUCUCUGAGAAAGAAGCAAAAUUACACGAAUUCUUCCGUCGAGAGUCCGACUUAAUGAUGAAGGUUAUUGCGAACGAGAGUAAGAGUACUAUGGGCGGUAGAAUGUAUCAUCAUGUACUCAAGGCUAUGAUGAUUCUUCGCCAAAUUAGCGCACACGGCAAGGAAUUACUCGACAAGGAGGAUCGUGAGAGAAUGAAGGGCUUGAGCGUUCAAGAUGCUAUCGAUCUUGAGGAAGGUGAAAAGGAAGAUCAAGCUUGGGCAAUUGACAAGAAGGCAUACGAGAUGUUUAUCCUGAUGGAAGAGUCUUCUGCCGCAGUGUGCGCCAUGUGCAACAAACCGUUGGUACCGUUGACUGAAAAAAACACGGAGUCCGGUACGCCAAACCCAAAACUUCCAAUGGCUGUGAUGCUUCCAUGCUUUGAUGUUCUUUGUCUUGAUUGUUUCAGUCCGAUGAAACAAGGGUUUGUAAUGCAGCCAGAGUCAGCUUCACAACAGACACGAUGCGUGAAAUGUGAAGGAUGGAUUGCUAUGACUUACUCUGCCAUUACACCAGCUGGGCUCGAACAGUACACAGAGAGUCAAGCUGAAGCUAAGACGAAUCGCAAGCGGGCAAAGCUUCUAGGAGAGUACGAGGGACCUCACACCAAGACUCUGGCUUUGUUAGAACAUCUGCAGCGCACGGCAGCGGAAAGUGCAACUAUCAAAGAGGGACCUCCUAUUAAGAGUGUCGUCUUUUCAGCAUGGACUUCUCAUCUCGAUCUUAUUGAAAUUGCUCUGAAAGACAACGGUUUGGAUGGGUUUACUCGUAUCGACGGGACAAUGACGCUUGCAGCCCGUAAAACCGCACUCAACAACUUUGCCGAAGACGACAGCAUCACUAUACUCCUUGCCACCAUUGGAGCUGGAGGUGUUGGACUCAAUCUGACAAGCGCAUCUCGCGUGUACAUCAUGGAACCUCAAUACAAUCCAGCUGCAGUAGCUCAGGCGGUGGACCGUGUCCACCGAUUGGGACAAACUCGUGAGGUGACUACUGUGCAGUUCAUCAUGAAAGCUAGUAUCGAGGAGAAGAUCUUCGAAAUGGCCAAAAAGAAGCAACAAUUGGCCGAAGACAGCAUGGCACGCGGGAAGCUUGACAAACGUGAAGUCCAAGAGGCGAGAAUGCAAGCGUACCGCAGCCUUUUCCGCUGA